UUCAGACUUCUCAUUUCAGAAAUUCUGUUUUUAUUGUUUUAUUUUUUUUAUGAUUUGGACUCUUCAGGAAGUCAGCCACUAACAGUAAAGCUUAUUUGCAAUCAUUAUACCCCCGCUCCAAAGGAGAAGGGGGUACACUGUUUUACCCUUGUGUUUCUGUCUGUCCAUAACAAAACUUUCUGUCGCAUUUUUCUCAGCAAUUAUUUAUCGCAGAUGAAGGAAAUUUUAACACACUAUUUGUUUAGGCAUGCCAUAUUGUGGGAUAUACUUUUACACCAAUCGGACGUCAACUUCCUGUUAAAUGAUGACUGUUUAAUUAUAGCCAAAAUUUUCAAACAAAUUUUCGUCAAAGAUUUCUCAGCAAAUAUUUAUCGCAGAUACUUGAAAUUUAAACACACUAUUUGUUUAGGCAUGCCAUAUCUUGGGAUAUAUUUUUGUACCAAUCGGAUGUCAACUUCCUGUUAAAUGACGACUUUAUUUAUUUUUAGCCAAAAUUUUCAUACAAAAUUUUGUUAAAGAUCUCUUAGCAACUAUUUAUCGCAGAUGCUUGAAAUUUUAACACACUAUUUAUUCAGGCACGGCAUAUAGUGGGAUAUAUUUUCGUACCAAUUGGACAUCAACUUCCUGUUAAAUGACAACUUUGUUUACUUUUAGCUUAAAUUUUCAAACAAAUUUCUGUCAAAGAUUUUUCAGUAACUAUUUAUUGCAGAUGCUUAAAAUUUUAACACAUUAUUUGUUUAGGCAUGCAAUAUUGCGGGAUUUAUUUUCAUACCAAUCGGAUGCCAACUUUCUGUUAAAUGUUGACUUUGCUUAAUUUGCAUAUUCACAUCAGAACGGGGGUAUCAAUAGUGAGCAUUGACUCUCAGAUAUCUUGUUAAUUUUUAUGUACGGUAGAUGUUUGUAAUCACUAUGUAUAAAUGAUGACCCAUUACACAGAUCUGCACCUGUAAAUAUCCUGAAUGUACAGCAUACCAUUUUUCAUUCACACAAAUGGAUCAUUUUCUUUAUUUUAUUGGUUUAGAUCACUUUUUAAAUCCAAACUAAAUUUGAGUAAUUCAAGUUCCUUAAGGAAAACUAAUACAUGUAUCUGAAAGUACUUACUAAAGAAGAUAUCUGAUAAGAAUUCUUCUCAAUUAAAUAGUGGAUUCCACUCCAAUUCUAAUAUUAAAAACUGUGUUGUCUAUUGUUAUAAAAGUACAAUGCUUAUGGUAGCCAGGCUUAUGGACCGGCUGUUACAUGUUGUGUUUUGUUCCUCCUUAUUUUGGGUUAUGGAACUUGGCUCUUAUUCUGUAUACAUAAAAGUCUUCAUGUAUCUGUCGUCUCUGUUAUCCCUUAUAAUUACUAAUGUUGCUGUAACCCGGUUGAUAACCAUUUAAACUCAAGUACCAUAAAAUGAGUUUACAAAGAUGUGCUCACUUCUAAUCUCAGUCUUACUUUUAAGAAUAACAUACAAAAAAUAGGUCAAAAGAGUUUGUCAAAGUUUUAUGAUAAUAAAGAACGAUUGAUUUCAGUGCCUGUGUAGAGAUUUUGUUGUAUGAUUCCAGUGUCUGGAUGAUUGUGUUGUGUGAUGCCAGUGCCUGGAUGAUUGUGUUGUGUUACUCCAGUGUCUGGAUGAUUGUUUUGUGUUACUUCAGUGUCUGGAUGAUUGUGUUGUGUGAUGCCAGUGCCUGGAUGAUUGUGUUGUGUUACUCCAGUGUCUGGAUGAUUGUGUUGUGUGAUGCCAGUGCCUGGAUGAUUGUGUUGUGUGAUGUUAGUGUCUGGAUGAUUGUUUUGUGUUACUUCAGUGUCUGGAUGAUUGUGUUGUGUGAUGCCAGUGUCUGGAUGAUUGUUUUGUGUUACUUCAGUGCCUGGAUGAUUGUUUGUGUUACUCCAGUGUCUGGAUGAUUGUGUUGUGUGAUGCCAGUGUCUGGAUGAUUGUUUUGUGUGAUUCCAGUGUCUGGAUGAUUGUGUUGUGUGAUGCCAGUGCCUGGAUGAUUGUGUUGUGUUACUCCAGUGUCUGGAUGAUUGUUUUGUGUUACUUCAGUGUCUGGAUGAUUGUGUUGUGUUACUCCAGUGUCUGGAUGAUUGUGUUGUGUUACUUCAGUGCCUGGAUGAUUGUGUUGUGUGAUGCCAGUGUCUGGAUGAUUGUUUUGUGUUACUUCAGUGUCUGGAUGAUUGUGUUGUGUGAUGCCAGUGCCUGGAUGAUUGUGUUGUGUUACUCCAGUGUCUGGAUGAUUGUUUUGUGUGAUGCCAGUGUCUGGAUGAUUGUUUUGUGUUACUCCAGUGCCUGGAUGAUUGUGUUGUGUGAUGCCAGUGUCUGGAUGAUUGUUUUGUGUUACUCCAGUGCCUGGAUGAUUGUGUUGUGUGAUGCAAGUGCCUGGAUGAUUGUGUUGUGUGAUUCCAGUGUCUGGAUGAUUGUGUUGUGUGAUGCCAGUGUCUGGAUGAUUGUUUUGUGUUACUCCAGUGCCUGGAUGAUUGUGUUGUGUGAUGCAAGUGCCUGGAUGAUUGUGUUGUGUGAUUCCAGUGUCUGGAUGAUUGUGUUGUGUGAUGCCAGUGUCUGGAUGAUUGUUUUGUGUUACUUCAGUGUCUGGAUGAUUGUGUUGUGUGAUGCCAGUGCCUGGAUGAUUGUGUUGUGUGACUCCAGUGUCUGGAUGAUUGUGUUGUGUUACUCCAGUGUCUGGAUGAUUGUGUUGUGUUACUCCAGUGCCUGGAUGAUUGUGUUGUGUGAUGCCAGUGUCUGGAUGAUUGUUUUGUGUUACUUCAGUGUCUGAAUGAUUGUGUUGUGUGAUGCCAGUGCCUGGAUGAUUGUGUUGUGUUACUCCAGUGUCUGGAUGAUUGUUUUGUGUGAUGCCAGUGUCUGGAUGAUUGUUUUGUGUUACUCCAGUGCCUGGAUGAUUGUGUUGUGUGAUGCAAGUGCCUGGAUGAUUGUGUUGUAUGAUGCCAGUGCCUGGAUGAUUGUGUUGUGUGAUUCCAGUGCCUGGAUGAUUGUGUUGUGUGAUGCCAGUGCCUGGAUGAUUGUGUUGUGUGAUUCCAGUGCCUGGAUGAUUGUGUUGUGUGAUGCCAGUGUCUGGAUGAUUGUUGUAUGAUUCCAGUGCCUGGAUGAUUGUGUUGUGUUACUUCAGUGCCUGGAUGAUUGUGUUGUGUGACUCCAGUGUCUGGAUGAUUGUGUUGUGUGAUUCCAGUGCCUGGAUGAUUGUGUUGUGUGAUGCCAGUGUCUGGAUGAUUGUUGUAUGAUUCCAGUGCCUGGAUGAUUGUGUUGUGUUACUUCAGUGCCUGGAUGAUUGUGUUGUGUGACUCCAGUGUCUGGAUGAUUGUGUUGUGUGAUUCCAGUGCCUGGAUGAUUGUUUUGUGUUACUCCAGUGCCUGGAUGAUUGUGUUGUAUGAUUCCAGUGUCUGGAUGAUUGUGUUGUGUGAUGCCAGUGUCUGGAUGAUUGUGUUGUGUUACUCCAGUGCCUGGAUGAGUGUGUUGUGUGAUUCCAGUGCCUGGAUGACUGUUUUGUGUUACUCUAGUGCCUGGAUGAUUGUGUUGUGUGACUCCAGUGCCUGGAUGAUUGUGUUGUGGGAUUCCAGUGCCUGGAUGACUGUUUUGUGUUACUCCAGUGCCUGGAUGAUUGUGUUGUGUUACUCCAGUGCCUUGAUGAUUGUUUUUUGUUACUUCAGUGGCUGGAUGAUUGUGUUGUGUGACUCCAGUGCCUGGAUAAUCAUCUUGUGUGAUUCCUGUGCGUGGAUGAUUAUCUUGUUUAAUUUCAGGGCCCCAAUGAUUGUUUUGUGUUACUUCAGUCCCUGGAUGAUUGUUUUGUGUUUUUCUAGUGCCUGAAUGAUUUUUUUUGUUUGAUUGCAGUCCCUGAAUGAUUUUUUUGUGUGACCUCAGUACCUUGUUUGACCUUUUUUGUCGGUCAGUAACUAACAGUGUUUUCCGUAU